AUGGAAAAACUGCCUAGUCAUCAAUUAGGUAAAAAUGGUCCUCAAGUAUCAGCAAUCGGUUUUGGAGCGAUGGCUCAAGGUGAAGAUUUUAUUUCAAUACCUGGUACAACUAAAAUUAAAAAUUUGGAAGAAUAUAUUGAGGCUGUUCAUAUUCAUUUAACUGAUCAACAAGUUAAACAAAUUCGUCAAGUUUGUGAAAACGCUAAUGUUGUUGGUGAACGUUAUUCACAACAAUUUAGUGACAAUUUAUUUACUGAUUCAGCUCCAAUCAAGACAUAA